UGUGUCCAUGGCUACUGUGUACAGCUGAACCACAAGAAUAAAGAAAUCACAAACAAGAGACUGUUUGCCAACACCCUGUGUGUCUCACAACAGCAUGCGGGAUCAUUCACAGGUAGCCUGAUAUUGUAAUUAAAGCUGCAGAUUACAUGCUGGCCAGGCACCCGUCAUAUCAGACUAAAGCUAGGAUCCUAUUGCCAUGUCCUCUUGUGUGGGGGCCCCUCAGGCCUAUUUUGUUGCUGCAGGAUAUAGACAUGGGAAACACUCUGCGCCAAAGUCCUCUGGGAGCAAAAACCGUCCAAGGAUUUCUCCGACUGUCUGCACAGCAUUCAGAGACCCAGGAAGAGAAAUCAUGUCUUUAAAAUCAUCGACUAACACCAGAAAGUGGACGUCUCCCAGACAGUCUGGUUGCAGAAUGAGGAGCAAGGAACCCGCUAAGAGUGAGAAGGAGUAUUUGGUCAUAUCAACUGGCUAUACAAUGAUGCGGUCUAAGAGUCACAUUGCUGUUAGGUUGGAGGAAGAGUUUUUUGGGGGUGCUGCCCAGGAAGUUGAAGAAAAACCCCAUUUCACACCUCCCAGAUCCAGAUUGUCAGAUCCUGAUGAAAUACCCAGUGUGAAACCAAGUCGCCUAGGAACAGCACAAAAACCUGAGAAAAGGGAACAACUGCCAAUUAGAAGGGAAAAUAUUGUGGAAGAUUUGCAAGAACAAAUUGCCAAACUAACUGUACUUCUGGAACAAGAGACAACUGAACAUCAGAAGACACAUAGACGACUAACUCAGGAAUUGGAAGACAAAGUUACAGAAUUACUACAUAAUAAUGAAGAGGAAAUAAGGAAUCUUCAGAUGAAGUACGCUGAAGAACUUCUUGCGCUUCAACAGCAACACAAUACUGAACUACAAGAAGAGAAGGACAAGGCUGAAAAGAAGUUUGACAAAUUGCAAAAGGAGAACGUCCUGCUGCAGAGUUCCUUUAGAACAUACCAGGAAAGUCUGUCGGAGGAGAUGAAUGCAGAAUGGCUCCUGAAGGAGGCACAAUGGAAAGAAACGUUUGAAAAUGAGAAACUGAAGGAGUUGACAAAGCAAAAGCUGUCUCUGAUGAAUGCGUUUGAAGAACAGAAAAGUGAAUUGAGGAAGAGAGCUCAGGAAGAUGCAUCUAUGGUUCAACAGAGCUAUGAGAAGAAAAUGGAGGAAACCUGGAAAAAGUACAAAGAAACCUUGCAGGAAUCAAAGAGACAGGAAGUGUUAAAAAUGCUUCUGGAGGGCGAAUUAGCUGAAAAAAAGGAGACUAUUAUCACACUAAACGCAGAGAUACAACAAGCACGCUCGCAGAUCGGGAAGAUGAAAAGUCAAUUAGAUGACCUGAGAAGGUCCUUUGACGAUAAAGUAAACAAAGUUGAGGCGAAAUAUAACCACAGAAUCCAUACUUUAUUGAACGAAAAUGCAGAUUUAAGGAGGAAACUUAUCGCAAAGAAUGAACAACUAUUCAGUGAAAGAAUUCAAUAAACCUGCUGAGAGUCAAAGAAUGAAAGCUAUAUUGCAACCAUAACAUUAAAAUCAGACUGUCUGAAGAAACAAUAUGCUGGGGCUCAAAUGACAACAAACUGUAUAUUUAAAAAUCUACAUCUUUUUUUUAGUUGUUUUUUAUUUAUUUUUAAUUCAGAAGGGUUUUUUAAAUCAUUCUUCUUAUGGUUUCUACCGACAAGGAAAUCUGUCUUAGAGUAAUUCACCAAAGUGUGAAUUGUAGGAAUUCAAAGUGACAUAAAACAGAAUUUCAUAUGUUAGGCCAUAACAAUCAGACAGAAAAUAUAGCAAAGAAUGUUUAAAGUUGUGCUAAUUUGGCCUAAAACGUGAAAUUUGUUAUUCCGUAAACUCCAGAUUUUAGCAAAUUAAAUCAAAGUGGCACAUUUAAGACUAAAAUCCGUGUUUAUGCAUUAUGGCGUUAAGUAUUUAUGAGGGAACAUCCCUAUUUUGGCCCCA